GAGGCGCAAGUCCUGCGCGACCAGGUCGUCACCAAGCCCUCUCCUGCCAACUACUUCACUCUUUACCGAUACGCAAAUGGCGGUGAUAGAGUCAUUCUUCUCCUCGGAUUGACUGCUGCCGUUCUCGAGGGUUGCCUGAAGCCUGUGAUGGCUUACCUUUUUGGACGCGUCACAAACACCUUCACCGACUACCAGCCUGGUGACGAGUACCAGCGCAUCAUCAACAACCUGGCUCUCUACCUUGUCUAUCUUGGAAUUGCCGACGUUGUUUUCUCUCACAUCAAGACUUUUGUUUUCAUCGAUCGCGGUGAGGUUCUCUCUGCCCGCAUUCGUGAGCACUACCUUGCCGCCACCUUGAAGCAGAACAUCGGAUACUUUGACAAGCUUGGCUCUGGUGAGAUUACCUCGCGCAUCACGGCAGAUACUAUCCUCGUUCAAGAGGCCAUCUCUGAGAAGGCUGCUUUCAUUGUCGCCAACACUACCACGUUCUUUGCCGCAAUGGCUGUCGCAUUCUCGCAGUCCUAUAUCCUGACUUUCAUCAUGCUUGUUAUUCUCGUCUCUAUCAUCACGACUACUGGUGCUGCCACUGUCUUCAUGGUCAAGUACGAGACCAAGGCUCAGGACGGAUACUCUGUCGGUGGAACUCUUGCCGAAGAAGUCAUCUCCAGUGUCCGCACUGUCCAGGCUUUUGGUGUCGAGUCGGUCAUGGCCGCUACCUACGAUAACUUCUUGAAGAUUAGCGAGUACUGGAGUAUCUGGUCUGGUAUCGCAGUUGGUCUGAUGUCUGGCUCCAUGUAUCUGUGCUCGUUCAGCACUGAUGCUAUGGCGUACUGGCAAGGAGGCCGUAUGCUUGCAAACGGUGAAAUCUCUGCUGGUACCAUCAUCACUAUCAUCUUUGCCAUCUUCCAGGGUGCUUAUGCCUUUGCCUUGAUUUCUCCCUACCUGAACUCGAUGACCUCUGGUAUCGCUGCCGGUUCAAAGAUCUUUGCGACCAUCGAUCGCGUGUCUGCUAUUGACUCCUCCGACGAGAGCGGAAUCACUCUCCCCGAGAUCAAGGGUGACAUCGAGCUUACCAACAUCAAGUUCAUCUACCCUUCGCGACCCAACGUUACCAUUCUCAACGACUUCAGCCUGAAGAUUCCUGCGGGCAAGACUGUCGCCUUGGUCGGUUCUUCGGGAUCGGGCAAGUCUACUAUCAUCGGUCUGAUUGAGCGCUUCUACAACCCCAUCCACGGAACCGUUACUCUUGAUGGUCAUGACCUUACUUCCCUGAACAUCAAGUGGCUUCGUCAGAACAUUGCCUUUGUGCAGCAGGAGCCUACUCUCUUUGCCUGCUCUAUCUUUGACAACAUUGCCUAUGGUCUUAUCGGAACUCAGUAUGAGCACUGCUCUCGUCAGGAGAAGGAGGCUCUUAUCAUCGAGGCUUGCAAGCAGGCUAACGCCUGGACCUUCAUUGAGAAGUUCCCUGAGGGUCUUGACACCAGCGUUGGCGAGCGUGGAUUCUUGAUGUCUGGUGGCCAGAAGCAGCGCAUUGCCAUCGCUCGUGCUAUUGUCGCCAACCCCAAGAUCUUGCUUUUGGAUGAAGCUACCUCUGCUCUUGAUACCAAGUCCGAGGGUGUUGUUCAGGAGGCUCUUGACCGUGCUUCCAAGAACCGCACUACCAUCGUCAUUGCCCACCGUCUGUCUACUGUCAAGGAUGCUGACUGCAUUGUUGUCAUGCGCCGUGGAACUAUUCUUGAGAUGGGCUCGCACAAUGAGCUUCUGGCCAUGAACGGUGAAUACUGCGAUCUUGUCAAGGCUCAGCAGAUUGAGACUUUGAAGGAGAAGACCCAGGCUAAGAUUGAUGAAGAAGAGAAGGCUGCCGCUGCUGCUGCUGAGGACGGAAUCGAGCUCACUAGCUACCAGACCGCUGGCGCCAACCUCGGUCUCGCUGCUACCAAGACUCGCCAGUCCGCCGUUGGCUAUGUUGACCUCGAGGCUGAUGAGCAGCCCGAGCCGACUUUCACCGAGGCCUUCAAGUUUAUUUACGAUCUUUCUCGUCCUGAGAUGUUCUGGAACGGUGUCGGAAUGUUUGCUUGCUUCAUGAACGGCAUGGGUUAUCCUGCUCUUGGUCUGCUCUGGGGUGCUCAGAUGGAGGCCAUUGGCACCAUCUACGAUCUUGAUUACCUGAAGUACAUCCUUCAGCGCAACGCUGGUUUCUUGUUCUUGCUUGCCUGCUCGCUUGGUAUCUCUAACUUCACCUCGGGCGCUUCCUUUGGGUACACCUCUGCCAAACUUGUUCGUCGUAUUCGUGACAUGUCCUUCAAGCAGCUUCUGCGCCAGGAAAUUGCCUUCUUUGAUCGCGAUGAGAACACUGUCGGAUCGUUGACCGGAACCCUUUCCCGCGACGCUCAGUCUGUUCAGGGCCUUGGUGGUAUCACUCUCGGUAAGAUCGUGGACGCUUUGAUGACCGUCGUUGUUUCUUGCAUCAUCGCCAUUGCGAUCGCUUGGAAGUUUGGUCUCGUUAUGACUGCUAGUGUCCCCGUUCUCAUGUUCUGCGGCUUCUACCGUUUCUACCUCCUUACUCAGUUUGAGUCCAAUGUGAAGGUUGAGAACGCCAACACCUCGACUUUUGCUUGUGAGGCCACUAGCUCGAUCAGAACCGUUGUGGCUUUGACCAGAGAGUCUGAUGUGUGGGAGACUUACCACGCCAGACUUUCCGCGAUGAUCCGCAAGAACCGUCCUGCUAGCAUGAAGUCCGCCUUCUUCUACGGUCUUUGCCAGGGCAGUAUUUUCAUGAUCAUGGCUCUUGCUACCUGGUACGGUGGUACUUUGCUUGGCACUGGGGAAUACACCUUGUUCAAGUUCUACUUGGUCUUCAUUUCGAUUGUCUUUGGUGCCGAGUCUGCCGGUUUCGUGUUCUCUCUUGCUCCCGACAUGGGCAAGGCUAUCCAGUCGACGAAGAACAUCAAGACUCUGCUGGAGCGUGUCCCUGCUAUUGACUCGUGGUCGCAGGAAGGCGAGGAUGUUCCUGAGGAUGUCCAGGGUGAUAUUGAGUUCAGAAACGUCGAGUUCAGAUACCCUACCCGUCCUGAGGUUCCCGUCCUGCGUGGAUUGGAUCUCACCAUCAAGGCUGGUCAGUAUGUCGCUCUUGUCGGUGCCUCUGGAUGCGGCAAGUCGACGACCAUCUCUCUGAUUGAGGAGUUCUACCGACCGAGCGCCGGAAAGAUCAUGCUUGAUGGCCACGAUAUCUCGGACUUCAAGAUUGCAAAGUACCGUGAGCAGAUCUCUCUCGUCUCCCAGGAGCCCACUCUUUAUGCUGGCACCAUUCGCGAGAACGUGAAGCUGGGUUCGCACAAGGAAGUUACCGACGCCGAGGUUGAGGAGGCUUGUAAGCAGGCCAACAUCCACGACUUCAUCAUGUCUCUUCCUGAGGGCUACGACACUCUCUGCGGUUCCAAGGGUGCUUUGCUCUCUGGUGGCCAGAAGCAGCGUAUCGCUAUUGCGCGCGCUCUUGUUCGCAAGCCCAAGGUCUUGCUCCUCGAUGAGGCGACUUCUGCUCUUGACUCUGAGUCUGAGAAGGUUGUUCAGGCUGCUUUGGAUGCCGCUGCUAAGGGCCGCACUACCAUUGCUGUCGCGCACCGCCUUUCCACUAUCCAGAACGCGGACGUCAUCUUUGUGUUUGAGGCCGGACGCGUCGUCGAGAAGGGCACACACCAGGAGCUUCUGGCAAAGAAGGAGCGCUACUACGAGUUGGUCAAGCUCCAGGCUUUG